AUGGUCAUGAAGCAAAACAACCAGGAUACGGGAGAUUGGCAUAAUUGGCACAAAGAAAGUAUAUUUUGGGAAUUGCCGUAUUGGACAGACCUCAAUCUACGGCAUAAUCUAGAUGUGAUGCAUAUAGAGAAGAAUUUUUUUGAUAACAUCGUGACUACCGUUAUGAACGUUAAAGACAGAUCGAAGGACACAGUUAAGUCAAGGUUGGAUGUCGCACUUUUUUGCGACAGGAAAGAGCUACAUGUGGACAAUCGAGGCAAAGCUCCAUUUCCUAUUUUUAGAUUGACUCCACCAGCGAAAGAACUGCUUCUGGAAUGUCUAAAAAACGAUGUUAAAUUUCCAGACGGCUAUGCUUCAGAUUUAGCUAGUUGUGCAGAUGUAGAAGGAGGGAAAUUUUCCGGCAUGAAGAGUCAUGAUUGCCAUGUUUUUAUGGAACAACUACUUCCAUUUAUCUUUGCAGAACUUUUACCAAAGCCCGUUCACCUUGCACUAUCAGCGCGCAGAACGAAGCUUCGGAAGUUUGGCCGCGCGCGGAGGAGUUCCCGACGUCCAAAAGUUACGAUCUUGAUAUGGAAAGAUAGAUACUUGAGUCAUGCAUCACGUCGAAGUGGAAUGAAGCCAUUUGGAUCAACUAUGAGGCCUAGACUUAUUUUCUACCGAGACAUGUCCGGUAAGCGAGUAAACGAAGCCCAUGGAGGAUUUGGAGUGUCUAAUGGCCCGAGCAGCAGCGCCAAAGGCCUUGAUCGAAUAGAGAAGAGGCCUGGCUAA